AUGUCUAGUAAGAAAAGGAAAUUCAGCUUGGUUUGGCAGCACUUUUCCUAUACUAAUGAAGACGAAAAAGUUAUGUGUGACAUUUGUAAAGACCUUUUAUCCAUCAAAGGUGGUUCAACAGGAAAUUUAAAAAAACAUUUGCAAAGGAAGCAUCCUUGUGUAAAUCUGCACGAGAAACGCGCUUUGCCGAAUCAAGAUGUUGAUGAUAUUGAUGCCGCUCCAGCCCGUUCUGUCGUCACUAGCCCUGCAGAUGGUGGGCAACCAUGCACAUCCCAGCAGACUACACAACUUACGGUAGACAACAGUGCUUGUGAUAUUGUUGGUGUAUUUUCACAAAAAUCCCAGUCCAGCAUAAUGCAGUUUGUCCAGAGAAAUACGAUGGAUGUACAUAAAAAAAAAGUAAUCGAUCGCGCACUGAUCAAAAUGGUAUAUAAGGAUUUACAACCAAUAAGUAUCGUAGAAAAUGAGGGAUUCCGAGAAUACUCAAAGGCUUUGAAUCCAACCUAUUCCUUACCUUCACGGAAAACGGUUUCUAAAUCCUUGCUUCCUGCUGCUUAUGAAGAAAAAAAGAAUAGUUUAAAAAACGUUCUUAGUGCUGUACAAAAUAUCUGUUUGACUGUAGACUGUUGGAGCAACCAAAAGGCUGAAAGUUACAUGGCCGUGACAGGCCAUUUUAUUGACGAACACAUGCAAAGGAAAACGGUACUGAUUGACUGCUCAAUUUUUGAUGAACGUCAUUCAGCCAAAAAUAUUGCAGAAAAUAUCAUACACAUUUGCCAACCAUAUUUUCCGAUGGAAAAAGUGUCUUUAAUAGUGACUGACAAUGCCAAAAAUAUGAUUAACGCUGUCGACAGCGAACUAAAGUUAAAACAUUUAGGAUGCAUUGCACACUCUCUCAAUUUGGCUGUCACAAAUUCUCUAAACGAGGUUAACGACCUUCUAACGAAAAUUAGGGAUAUUGUGAUAGUUUACAGGAGAAGUAAUAUAUCGCUGCAAAAAAUUUGCGAAAAUAUCUGUGCUCUAGCGAGGAGAGAAAAGACUUAA